AUACUCCAGCUUGACAUUGACCUUUUCGUCACAGCUGUUCUCUGCCAAAUGGAACCGACGGUUAGUUCCCUUCCUGUAGACAAGCCAACAUAACCAAACAUUUCAUAGAAUUCGUAUAUACAUCACAGCCAAAUCCAUAUCUCGCACCAUUAAAAUUUCUCGCUUUUUCCCAGCCAUGUGGAGAGGAAUUCGUCUACAACUCUGCCUCUUACUAGCCUACCCCAUACUCUGGUUCAUCUUUGGUCCCAGAGAUCCCAAAUUCAUCAUCACAGAUGCCUCUCUAACCCAAUUCAAUUUCACCAACCACAACAAGACCCUCGACUACAACCUUGCGCUCAACAUCACCAUCACCAACCCCAACAGAAAGGCUGCCAUAUUCUACGGUAAAAUACAAGUCGCGUCUACCUACAGAAACAAAGUAUUUUCUCUCGUGACUUUACCUUUUGAACCAUUUGGCCAAUGCGGCAAGAACAGAACCAUUUCGCAUCACAUACCUCUUAAAGGGAGCAAGUCUCUGGUGUUUGGAGAACGGGAGAUUUCCCAGUUUAACUCGGAGACUGUUGCUGGCGUUUACAGUAUUGACGUGAGGCUUUAUGUUGGGAUAAGAGUACUCGGCGGGUACUUCAAGACAAGACAUUCCAACCCAUCGCACAAGAUCGACUGCAACCUGAAAGUUCCUUUGCAGUCUAGUGAAACAUCUGCAAAUCGCUUCACUUUCAAGACUACCAAGUGCAGAAAUGAUAUAUCAUUGCAGACCCUGAAGCAGCGGGCUGAAUCUGUCCAAUUUUUCCUUGGUGACCCGACUGUCCAAGUGUUGCUUGUUUGUAUCUAUAUUUUUGCAGCAGUUCGUGGUUAACUAGUAAUAAACAGUUCCUUGAUUAAAAGUAUUCAGCAAAUUGUCAAACUUCGAGUUAUAUAAAAUAUGGUUAGACCAUGCAUAUGAUAAAAUGCAAUCACAGCUGCUGCAAACUCUGCUUCUAUCUCAUCUUUCCAUACCCAAGAACCCAAAUUUACUUACCAUCACAGUUUAAUCCACUGCGAGUCAGCUACGCCACCAACAACACAUACUGUACUAGUACUACAACGUACCUUAGCAACGAAAUCCCUUCACCCUCCACUUUAGAUUGCUAGAUUGCUACCAAUGCUUCCUUACAAGUCAACGAGUUGGAAACUACGAGGAACUACGUUCUUCAAUAACAUAGGAUUCCUCCUCAAUUCAGCUUUGACAUGGACCUUUUUGUCACGGCCAUUUCUGCCAAAAUGCUAUUCCCCAAGUCUUAAUUGGACGUGCAGGCUAGCCAACACAACACAACCAUGCGGAUAAUUCGUAUACCUCAUAACCAAAGACUGCCGAGUGCAGAAGUGCUACAUCACUGCAGAGCCUGAAGCAGCGAGCAAAAUCUGUUUAGCUUUUUCUUGGUAACCGCAUUGUCCGAGUGUUGAUUACUUGGGUCUGUAGUCUUGCGGCUUUACAUGCUUAAACCAGUAAGAAACAGUUGCCGGGUCAAAGUAUUAAGAGAAUUGUCAAACGUCUUUCAGAUAUUUAUACUGGAAUAUAUACAAAUUCCAAUAGCACAUUGUCAAACAAUC